AUGUCAUCUGUGCAUUGUGUGGUAGUGUGGGAGUGGCAGUAUGAGGGUCAAUGGUUGCCUCACUCUCCUGGUGUGGCUCGCACUCUGGAGAGAGCCCAUGCUAAGAAGCUUACAAGAGUAGUGUUAUCAGAUGCUGACCCCACACUCAAGGGUCACUAUGUUAACCUCCGCACACUCACACAAUGCUCCGACACUCCAGGUGUGUCGGAGUGUGGUGUUCGUCGCUCGUGCUACAGCGUCCAGUCUCCGGGUGGCCGAGGAGCUCGCUGGGAGUGGGCUCGCCUCACUGACCCACCACGACCCCCUGACCUACGAUAUGACCCACUACCUAUGGAGAUCCAAUGUCGCCUGGAGGAGUGUUGGUCGGUGGGUGGUGAGUGCGUCCAGUUUGAGGGCUGGUCGGUGUGUCUGUCCAGUAUGACAGCUCGCAGCACCCGGCGCGCCUCGCUGCGGCUGGUGCGGCGCGCGGCCCACCCCCCCUACCCCCUGGCCCGCUCGCCCUCCACCACACACGGCCCGCCCGCCGCCUCGCCUCCCGUACCUGACAGGAACCCUGUGGACGGUCGUAGGUGUCGCAUACCUCAGCAGCACACGGGCUCGAGCGUGCAGUCCGUACAGUCCGUGCAGUCGGUGAAGUCGGUCCAGUCCGUGAAGUCUGCGCCCGCGCACGUCCCCCCGCCGCGGGACCUGCGACCCGGGGCUCGGAGCGCCUCGCCUAAGGACAGGAAGCCGGGCCUCGCGCGGCAGAUAUUACACAACCUUAAUAUAUUCAGUAACUCGAAGUCGUCGACGGCGGAGAGGCGCGCGGAGGAGGCCGGCGGGACGCUCACCGACCCUGACAGUGGCAGCACGCGCUCAGGACGGAGACACAGUGUAGACACGGUGUCCACCUACCUCAGUCACGAGAGUAAGGAGAGUCUGCAGACAGCCGCCGUGGGGGAGCUCCUGAACUGUAGCGCGGGCAGCGACGACGUGUUCGACAAACCCGGGGACCGAGGGCACGACGACACGAGCCGAGCGACCGGGGACAUGGAGCAGCUGGACGCGGACCAGGGGGGGGAGGAGGAGGAGGGGGUGUGGCGCUGGGUGGCGGAGGUGUCCCGACCGCAGUGGGGCGCGCUGUGUGGAGCCUGCGCCGCGCCGCUCGACACACACGACGCCGCACACUCCCCGCAGGCGGCCACCCCGCCCCGCGCGCCCCGAACACACGCUGCCCUGCAGGAACGAGUGGUCGCCCUGGCCGCCUGCCACCACGUGCUGCACCUGCGAUGUCUACAAAACCAUCUGGAGCGGUUAAGGGAGAACGGGGUGAGGAGCGGACGUGACGACACUAGGGAAUGCAAUCUCUAG